CAUGCUGGCCGCUGCCGUCCACAUAGCCAGGAGCGACCAUGGCGGCCUCGGGCCCAGGGGGUCCAGAAAAGACCCCUGAGGCCCAGGGCCAUGGGCAGUGCCCUCCUGGAGUAGACAGGAGCUCCCAGCUGCCAGCAUCGCCCUCAGUCUUAGCUGCCCGGGAGGUUUUCCAAAGGCCCGACCCCACUCCUCUUGGAGCCGCUGAUCCCUCUCUCCCAUCAGGCGCCUCAGGGACCCUCCACCCAGAGGGUCUCUGCCUUCCCGGUUUUCCUGGGGCAGUUCGGACUUGGGGGAGAGGAACCAUCAUCCGUCACACCCCAGACCCAAACAGACCCAAAGCCAGGAGGAGCAGGGUGGGCCCAGAGGCCCUCAUCCUGCCAGCCCAAGGGGCACGGCCCAAGGUCUCCACCCGGAGCCCCGGGGGCACAGCUGUGUGCAGGUCACCAGAAGCCCCGAAUAAUGACAGCGCCCCAGAGAGUGGGCACCAGGCCCCGGUGCCGUGUGAAGCCGCCAGCACUUGCCUGGGCUCAUUCCAGGGGCCAUCAGAGGGCCCUGUCACGGCUGCACCCUCACACUCACCAGGCAGCUGGGGCCCAGCUCUGCUGUGGAUCCCAGCCAGGCAGCAGCCGGCCUGCGGGCUGAGACGCUUCCGCUCCUGCUGCACAACUGGGAAGGGCCUGGAGGCCGGGAGCUGGCGAUGGCCACAACGCCGUCUGGUGCCUUCUCCUCCGGGGCAGCCAAGCAGCCCUGGACACGAGGGGCUUCGUCUCACCCCCAGGAGAAAAUGCCCAGUCCUCCGAGAGUCUAGUGAGGGCUUGCCAGCCGGGAACCAAGACCCAGCGUGGCCUAAACCAGGCCCGGCCACCAUGGUCAGGCAGGACCUUACACAGAGCUCAGCAGAGAGACCUGCGCGCUGCCGCGGUCCAGAGGAGAUGGAGGAGGGGCCUUCCUCCCACUCGGGCCUGUCCGAGGAGAGAGGCAGCCAGUAUCUCCACAUCUCAGGCAGGAAAGGGCCUGAAGCCCUGGGAAGCAGAGGCUGUGCCCUCAGGAAACAGGUCCCAGCCUGGCUCCCUCACAGCCUCGGGCUGCCCUGUGGACCGAAACCCCCAGGCACCUUACGGCAGGGCUUGCCUGACUGUGGAGAUCCCACGCCGUGAGCAGCAGGUUCCUCUCUGCGCCUUCCCAGGCGGGGGGCACUUGGGACUCAAACUGGGGCCUUGGGUACUUCCUUGGGCCUGCUCAGUGCCACCCUUGAAGCCCCUGGUUUUCCCCGGGCCGGUCGCUCUGCCGUGUGGGCCCUGCUGAGUCUCUUUUCCCGGAGCUGCCCACAUCCGCCCUUCCCCCUGGCUGCACUGUUCCCUGCUGAGGGUGCGGACUGGAACAGUCGCCCUGCCCGGGGUCUGCCUGUGCUCGGGGUGGGGGCUCCUCAUGCAGCCGCUCUGUCUGUGAGGACCUGUGAGCAGCUGCAGCUCAGCAGCAGGCUGAGGAGCCGGGUCAGGGGCUGGGAGUCCCAGCAGGCCUUGGGCUGACAUGUGCCCCCUUGCAGGUGGGUCCGAGGAGAGCACUACAGGUACAAGUUCAGCCGUCCUGGGGGCAGGCACGCCGCCGAGGGCAAGUGGUGGGUGCGGAAGAGGAUCGGAGCCUACUUCCCUCCACUCAGCCUGGAGGAGCUGAGGCCCUACUUCAGGGACCGUGGGUGGCCUCUGCCCCAGCCCCUCUAGACGUGCACCAGAAAUAAAGGCAAAGACUCAGC